CAGUUGUGUUCAAAACAUGACCGAUAAUUGCUGGAGUAUCAUAAUCAAUCAUUUCAUCGAAGCUAAAUUCCCAAAAUUGUCUAAAAAACUAAAAAAAGUGUCUAAAAGUAUAAAAUAAAGAUUUUAAAUGCAAUUUUUUCAUACUUGUUUUGGUCACACCUUUAAGUUCCAGUUUACAAGGUAACAUUUCUGGUUUGGUCAGUUUAAGCUUUCAGUAACCCAAAGUAAGGUCAACCUUUGUCCACUUCUCUUUGUUGUUUACUUCAAUUUAGAUAUACCUUGUGCUCUUCGCUUCUUUAUAUCUCAACUUUUUUAAAAUGAAUAAUAAUAAGGAUUGCGAUAAAACGACAAUAAGAGUCCAAGUAUCGGAUGCUUACCGAGAUAUUAUUAUAGACUGGUCAAAGGAAUUUCGUGAUAUAGAGAAAGAAAUGUUCAGACAGCUGGCAGAAUUCACUGGAAUAUCAUUAAAAAAAUCUAAGGACCUUGGAUUUAUCAAGCCACCUGGAAACAAUGUUUACCCUGAUAACUCUUAUGUCCAUGUUGUUGGUCACUUAGCAUAUUGUAAUAUGCGCAACUCGUACCCUGAAGCUCAAGACAGAACUGAAUCUUCCGUGUUGUUUACGACGCAAGAUUUGAAAGAUAAAUACUUCAGAGAUGGAGAUUGUUUUUCUCUCAAUACAAAAAUGAAGAUGCAAUUUACUCUGGAUGAACUCUAUGUUGAAUAUAGAUUAGUUCAUCUAGAUUUGAUUGAUGAAACUGAAUGCAGCCUUUCAUUUUGCCAUCAUAUAAGUAACAAAGGUUUUUUGGAUAAACAAGCUAAAAUAACCAAUUCAGAUAUUGAAUCUUAUCUAAGAGAUCAGCCUCGUCCAAGUCUCAACGGCAUUGUUUUUUUUACCAACGAACUUCAUGAUGCCAUUUUUAUGCGAGAGAGGGAGAUUCAUGCAGAUUUGAAUAUUGGACAAUAUUUUAAUUCGUAUUGCUCAUUCUCGUAUGAUGAAAUGUUUCGUACAAUAAGACCUCGUAUCUACUGGCCGAAUCGUGGUUAACUUAGAUCGUUUCAGAUUUUCAAUUAGUUUUAAUAAACUGACUCUGAUUUACUUAAAUUAAACCAAAAAUCGAUGUAACUAGUAAUUUCUUUCAUUGAUUAUGAAUAAAAUCGUUUGAAUAGUGUUUUUUAUGAUGCUUAUUGGAUAGUUGAGAUAGAUAUUAAUAUUAGCUGUUGUGGUCUUAUCAAGAUGAUAGUGCAAGUAUAACAAGAAAAUGAGUGUAAGAUGAUGAGGAUAAGUAAAAAAUGAAGAUAAACAAGCUAUUUAAAGUUAUCCAUCUGUAGGUAGAUUGAGAGUGAUUAGCACUUCGAACCUUCAUUUGUGUGAAAAUUUCUUUCCAUUUUACUUAAAGAAGAAUGAUGAUGAAGCGCUGAGCUGGGAGAGGUUGAAACCAGUUUGAAUCUACACCAAACACGAAUCUAGAUCAAGACCCGAAAACCAUUUCCAGCUUUUACAGUUUUAAUGUCUCUUACUUCUUCUUCUUGUCAACUUGAAAUCUUUCAUUGUCUUCGUUUUUUUCUUUAAUAGUUGACCGAUAGACGAAUCUUCUUAAAAAUUAUGUUUCAAAAAUCAUUAUUAUCUUCAAUUGUAACUAAUUAAUCAGCUAUUUGUCAUCAAUUAGAUUAUUAACUGUUUUGUUGUUAUUUCUGGAUUCAUAAAAAAGAACCUGCAAAAGCUGCAGUUAAUAUAACAACAGUUUCAUUCUGUGCAUGUUUAUCUUAAAUACUCCAUAUCCAGCUAUAUACUACAAACCAAAUCUGAAUCUCUAAAUACAACUACGAAUACCAAUAUGACCUAUUGACUUGGACCGUCUUUUGUUACUUUUUAUAUCAAGUGCUUUAAUAAGUGUAGUUUGUUGUCUGAGCGAAGCGAAGACUAUAAUGUGAAAUCAAAAAUCUGUGUGUCGCCAUAACUCAAUUUUAAUAAUCAAGAUUUUCUUGAAAUCUUGAGAAUAGGCUUAUAACCCGCCAAGGCUUUGCUGUAUAGUUUUGGUCAACAUUGGCCCACUCCCAAAUUUUCAUAAAUUUUAAUGCCGAUAGAUGGCAGCAUCUGCGCAAACAACAGAUGGCAGCACAUUUUUUGUGCACCUAUUGAUUAGAUUGAACGGGAUCGGAUUUUUUAACACUUUUUUACCGUUUUUCACUGUAUCGUCAGCUAUAUUGUCCACCACUCAAUGAAACAUAUCCAACAAAUCAACCAAAUCAAACAUCCACACUUUUUAAAGAGACUUUUCUCAACAAGAUUGUCCACCACUUUCAUCCACCACAUUUUCGAACAAUUUUUCAUGAGAUUAUCCACCACCCUAAUAUAUUGAUGUAUAUCAUAAGUAUACAUUACUGUACUUAACUAUUGUAAUUAAUGUAUGCUAACAAAUAUAUUUCAAAUAGGAUUAAUUAAGUAGUAAAAUUAACAAAGUAACAAACCAUUA